GCGGCGAGUUCCGAGAGAAGCCUCCGGCCCGAGUCUCCGAGUCCGCGCCGCAGCCAUGAGCGCCCCUGGCGUGCUGUCCUUCACCCAGCGAGGCUGGGAGCAGGUGCUGGCAAAGGUGAGACGGGCUGUCGUCUACCUGGACGCCGCCUGCGCCGAGAGCCUGCACUGGGGCUGCGGGGCUGCGCGGCUCCUGGAGGCGGCGGGGGGGCCUGCGUGUCACCUGCGGGAGUUCGAGCCCGACGCCGUCGGGGGAAGCGCUGAGCAGCCCAAGGCGGUGUUUGUGUUGAGCCGCCUGCUGAAAGGCCGCACCGUGGAAACACUGCGGGACAUCGUCCGCCGCAGCCACUUCCAGUACUGUGUGGUGGUCACGGCCGUGAGCCACGCUGUCCAUCUCACGGCCAACCACGUGCCGGCGGCCGCAGCGGCCGAGCUGGAGGGACAGCAGCCGGUGUUCGAGCAACUGGAGGAGAAGCUGUGUGAGUGGAUGGGCAACAUGAACUACACCGCCGAGGUGUUCCACGUCCCCCUGUUGCUCGCCCCUGCCGCCCCCAACCUCGCCUUGACGCCAGCCUUUGCCUCCCUCUUUCCACUGCUGCCUCAGGACGUGCAACUUCUUAAUAGCGCCCGACCGGACAAGAGGAGGCUAGCGAGCCUGGGCGAGGUGGACGCAGCCGCCCUGCCCCCGGAGCUGCUCCUGCAGAUCAGGUGCCUGGUGUCAGGCCUCAGUGCUCUGUGUGAGCACUUAGGAGUGCGCGAGGAGUGUUUUGCUGUGGGUUCCCUUAGUCGGGUCAUCGCUGCCGAUCUGGCCAAUUAUACCCCUGCCAAGAACAGGAGGAAGACUGCAGCAGGCAGGGCGUCGGUGGUCUUUGUGGACAGAACUCUGGAUCUCACAGGUGCAGUUGGCCAUCAUGGUGACAGCUUGGUGGAGAAGAUCUUGUCAGUGCUGCCCCAGCUUCCGGGCCACACUAACGACGUGGCAGUCAGCAUGGGAGAGCUUGCUGCGCUCCACACCGUGGAGGAGACUUACCCUGUGGUGGCGCCAGGCUGUCUCGCGCAACCCCACGACAUGGCAGCCAGAGCCCUGUGGGAAUCCCUGCUGGACACCAAGCACAAGGAAUCAGUGAUGGAAGUCCGGAGACAUCUAGUGGAGGCAGCCAGCCGGGAGAGCCUGCCAAUCAAGAUGAGCAUGGGGAGAGUCACACCGGCGCAGCUCACAUCCUACGUCCAGCUCUUCAGGAGCAACCUACGUGCCCUCCGGAGUCACUGUGGGCUCCUGCAGCUCGGGCUGGCCACAGCCCAAACUCUGAAGCACCCACAGACUGCCAAGUGGGACAACCUUCUGGCUGUUGAAAGGCUUCUUCUUCAGACACCAGAAUGCUGCAGCACCCACUCUCUCUGCGUGAUCCAGGCUGUUCUGGUGGUCUUAGACUGUUCUGGGGUCCUCACGUCCACCUGGACUGCCUUAGCAGCUCUAGCCUAG